AUGCCAGCUCACAAACUCUACUAUAUCCCCGGCGCCUGCUCCCAAGCAGUGCACAUAACACUCCGCGAAUCCGGAGCUGAAUACACCCUGUCCGCCGAAAAAGUAGGAACAGGCGACUUCUCCCCCGAGCUGCUCGCCCUGAACCCGAAAAAGAAGAUCCCGGUACUGAUCAUCGACAACAACACUGUGAUAACCGAAAUCCCCGCGAUAAUGACCUACCUUUCGCAACUCGCGCCAGAGAAGAACCUGCUCGGCUCAACGCCCAUGGAAACCGUCCGUGCGUACGAAUGGAUGAACUGGCUCUCGGGUACACUGCACGCGCAGGGCUGGGGGCUCUUUCUCCGUCCGCAGCGGUUUCUCGAAGAUGAAUCCCUGGAGACUGCAAGGAAGGCGUUGAAGGGGAAGGGGCGAGAUAUUAUCAAGGAGUGUUAUGCUACCAUUGAGUCGAGACUGAAGGAUGGUCAGAUCCACGCCGUGGGGAACGCGUUCACAGCUGUGGAUGUUUAUCUGUUUGUUUUCUAUCAGUGGGGAUCCAGAGCGGAGUUUGAUAUGGAGAUUUCGUAUCCGAAAUACGCCGCUCUGGUGAGGACGGUGAGGGAGAGGGAGGCCGUUAAGCAGGUUCUUGCUGCCGAAGGAUUUUAG